AUGGAACCGUACAAACCACAUGAAACCCGUAAAAAACACAUGAAACCGUACAAUCCACAUGGAACCCGUACAAACCACAUGGAAUCGUACCGAAAAAACCCCAUGAAACCGUACAAACCACAUGGAACCCGUACAAACCACCUGGAACCGUACAAACCACCUGGAACCGUAACCCGUACAAACCACAUGGAAUCGUACAAACCACAUGAAAUCGUACAGUACAAACCACAUGGAACCCGUACAAACCACAUGAAACUCGUACAAACCACACGGAACCAUAGAAACCACAUGGAACCCGUACAAACCACAUGGAACUCGUACAAACCACAUGGAACCCAUACAAACCACAUGAAACCCGUAAAAAAACACAUGAAACCGUACAAACCACAUGGAACCCGUACAAACCACAUGGAAUCGUACCGAAAAAAAAACAUGAAACCGUACAAACCACAUGGAACCCGUACAAACCACCUGGAACCGUACAAACCACCUGGAACCGUAACCCGUACAAACCACCUGGAACCUGUACAAACCAUAUGGAACCGUACAAACCACAUGGAACCCGUACAAACCACAUGGAACCCGUACAAACCAUAUGGAACCGUACAAACCACAUGGAACCCGUACAUGGAACCCGAACAAACCACAUGGAAUCGUACAAACCACAUGAAAAUCGUACCGUACAAACCACAUGGAACCCGUACAAACCACAUGAAACUCGUACAAACCAAACGGAACCAUAUAAACCACAUGGAACCCGUACAAAUCACAUGGAACCAUACAAACCUAGUGGAACUCGUACAAACCACAUGGAACCCGUACAAACCACAUGGAACCGUACAAACCACAUGGAACCCGUACAAACCACAUGGAACGUACCACAUGGAACCCGUACAAACCACAUGGAACCCGUACAAACCACAUGGAACCGUACAAAACCACAUGGAACCCGUACAAACCACAUGGAACCGUACAAACCACAUGGAACCCGUAUAA